AUGGAAACAAUUCUAAUUAAUAAUACUUUAACUUCUAAUCAGCUUCAAGAAAGCAUUCACUUGCAUGGUUUAUUAUUACUUAUAAUUCCUCUUGUUACCAUACUUGGUAACCUGUUAGUAAUUAUUGCCGUAAUUAAAUUCAAAACAUUACAUUCAGCUAUCAAUUUCCUCAUACUGGAAUUGGCAGUUGCUGAUUUAUUUGUUGGACUUUUUGUGAUGCCCUAUGCAGUUUACAUUUAUAUGCGAGGUGGGUCUUGGUUUUUGGGUAAUUUGAUGUGUGAUAUUUACUCUGCUACAGAUGUUGCAUGCAGUACUGCUUCAAUUCUCUUAUUAACUGUUAUAAGUUUUGACAGGUACCGUGCUGUUUCCCAACCCAUUCACUAUUCGCUUCAUGCAAGAAAUGUUAAGCGUAUUUCACACAUAUCAAUAAUAACUUGGUUUAUAUCAUUGGCAGUAGCUGCUCCUAUGGUCGUUGGUGUCAAUAUUCGACCACCAGAAAGUAAUCCAUAUGAAUGUCGCUUUUACAAUCCUGAAUUCUCAGUGCUUUCAUCCAUUGUCAGUUUUGUUAUUCCCUGCUUUAUCGUCUUAUUUGUUUAUAUUAGGUAA